ACUCCGCGCGGAGCCUCCGCCGCUGCCUCCCGGCCUCCGCGGGGCCAUGGCCGGGCAGCGCCGCUGAGCGCCCAGGGACACGAAGGGACCCGAAGGCCGCCGUGAGGCCCGCGAGCGAAGGGUUGAGGGAUCCGGCCAGGAGCGGCAUCCCGACGAGAUGGAGAUGGAGGAGGAGACCCGGGAGAUCCUCCUGCCCAACUGGCAGGGCAGCGGCUCCCACGGCAUCACCAUCGACCAGACGGACGACGGCGUCUUCGUCAAGCAAGUGCAGCAGAACUCCCCCGCCGCCAAGAUGGGCGUCGUGAAGGAAGGGGACCAGAUCGUGAGCGCCACGGUCUACUUCGACAACCUGCAGUCCGGCGAGGUGGCGCAGCUGCUCAACAGCAUGGGGCACCACACGGUGGGGCUGCGCCUGCAACGCAAGGGGGACCGGUCUCCGGUGCCGGGACAGUCGUGGGGGCACGAGGCGUUCGGGGCCGGAGGCACGGAGGUCGUCUUGAGCGGGGACGACGAGGAGUACAGGAGGAUUUACACGACGAAGAUCAAGCCGCGGCUGAGGUCGGAGGAGGCGGUGGAGGCGGAGUGCGGCGGGACGCAGAGCAGGACCAUCACGGUCACCAGGAAGGUCACGGCCUACACCGUGGACGUCAGCGGGCGCGACGGGGCCGGGGACAUCAACGUGGUGGGCCCGGACUUCAAGGUCCGCAUCCCAGGCCAGGAAAUCGGCUGCGCCGUGGGACCGGCGGCUCCGUUCCCCACUGCAGACUGGAGCAUGGGCGUCAAAGGGGCAUCUCCGGGGGCUUCCUGCCCCAUGGGACCUCCCGGCCACCAGCUAGAUGUCCACCUCGGCGAGGCGUUGGUCGGGAAGCCCGGUGUCGGCCUCUCGGGGACGCACCCGAGGACUCAGAUGGACUUGAAGCUGCCAGAGAGCCGCGUUCCUGGUGGAGAAACUGGAAAAUCUGUUACGGUGGAGGUGCCGGGGCCUAACGCUUCUGGCAUGGCUUUCACGGGCCCUAGGGUUGAUACAAACGGACAGAUGGGCGGCCCGGAGGCAGGUUUUCAUGUAAAAGGCCCUGGAAUGGGCGGGAAAAUGCACGUUUCUGGCGUGGACGACCAAUUCCAUGGAGGUAUCAAAGCACCUGGCCUGGACGUCUCCUUACCCACCAUGGAAGGUCUAGCGGGCGAUGCCGGAACGGUGGGAAAAGUCAAGAUUCCUGUGUUGAAAAUGCCCAAAUUUGGGUUCGCUGCUGCGGGGCCCAGCCUCGAGGCUCAAGCAGGUGUUGGCGCGCCCGCGGCCAACGUAGACGUCGGAGGCGGCCACGUCAAAAUGCCGCACGUGGCCCUCCCAAAAUUCACCGUGGAAGGUUCCACCGUGGAAGUGGGGAAGGUGGGACCCUGCGAGGUAGAUGUCGGUGUUCCUGAUGUGGCUGUCAAAGGAGAAUGGACAGGCCCGAUGUUCAAGAAGGCUGAAACGCCCCAAAUCUCUCUGUCGGAUGUGAACCUGAACCUGAAAGGCUCCCACGCGAAGGGAGAUAUGGGUGUCGUGGUAGAAGGGGACGCCAAAGGACUUGGCUCUGUCACUAAAGGUCUCAAGGUGGACGUGAAGGGACCUGGUGUUGAAUUUGGAAGCCCAGAAGGUUACUUGAAAGGGCCCGGAAUAUCGGUGCCUUCCAAGGUGUCGAUGCCAGAUGUGGAUGUUAACGUGAAGGGACCCAAACUCAAAGGAGAAAUGGACGUUUCUGUCCCCAAAAUAGGUGGCAACUUGAAAGGACCUCAGUUUGGUGUUGAAGGCCCCAAGUUGGGAAUGGACGUGCCCGACAUAGAUGUCAAAGGCCCCAAAGUGAAGAUGCCGGAGGUGCAUGUCAAGGCCCCCCAGGUCUCCAUGCCCGACGUUGACUUGAACCUGAAAGGCCCAAAAGUGAAAGGGGACCUGGAUGUUUCUGUCCCAAAACUCAAAGCCCCCGGACUUGACGUCAAAGCCCCCGGACUUGACAUCAAAGCUCCUGGACUUGACAUCAAAGCCCCCAAGGUUGACAUUGAAGCACCAGACGUGGACAUUCACGGCCCAGAAGGUAAACUGAAGAUGCCCAAACUGAAAAUGCCCAAGUUUGGGGUGCCCGGCCUGAAGGGAGAGGUCCCAGACGUUGACGUGUCGCUUCCAAAGGGCGAGGUGGACAUUUCUGCUCCCAAGGUAGAUAUCGAUGUGCCAAGCAUGGACAUCAAAGGACCAGAAGGAAAAGUGAAGGGCCCCAAGGUGAAGAUGCCCGAAAUGCACUUCAAGACUCCCCAGAUCUCCAUGCCUGACAUCGACUUGAACCUGAAAGGCCCCAAAGUGAAAGGAGAUGUGGAUGUUUCUGUCCCAAAACUGGAAGGAGAGCUCAAAGCCCCCGGACUUGACGUCAAAGCCCCCGGACUUGACAUCAAAGCCCCCAAGGUUGACAUCGAAGCACCAGACGUGGACAUUCACGGCCCAGAAGGUAAACUGAAGAUGCCCAAACUGAAAAUGCCCAAGUUUGGGGUGCCCGGCCUGAAGGGAGAGGUCCCAGACGUCGACGUGUCGCUUCCAAAGGGCGAGGUGGACAUUUCUGCUCCCAAGGUAGAUAUCAACAUGCCAAGUGUAGACAUUGAGGGGCCAGAAGGAAAAGUGAAGGGCCCCAAGGUGAAGAUGCCCGAGAUGCACAUCACAGCACCCAAGGUCUCCCUGCCAGAUGUGGAUCUGAACCUGAAAGGCCCCAAAGUGAAGGGUGACGUGGAUGUUUCCAUCCCCACGAUGGGUGCUGAUUUGAAGGGUCCUGAAUUACACCUCAAAGGCCCCAAGGUUGACAUCGAAGCACCGGACGUGGACAUUCACGGCCCAGAAGGUAAACUGAAGAUGCCCAAACUGAAAAUGCCCAAGUUUGGGGUGCCUGGUCUGAAGGGAGAGGUCCCAGACGUCGACGUGUCGCUUCCAAAGGGCGAGGUGGACAUUUCUGCUCCCAAGGUAGAUAUCGAUGUGCCAAGCAUGGACAUCAAAGGACCAGAAGGAAAAGUGAAGGGCCCCAAGGUGAAGAUGCCCGAAAUGCACUUCAAGACCCCCCAGAUCUCCAUGCCUGACAUCGACUUGAACCUGAAAGGCCCCAAACUGAAGGGCCCCGAGGUGGACAUCAAGGGCCCCAAGGUGGACAUUGACAAACCAGACGUGGACGUUCAUGGUCCUGAGGGAAAAUUCAAGAUGCCCAAGUUCAAAAUGCCCAAGUUCGGCAUGCCGGGCUUCAAAGCAGAAGGCCCCGAGGUGGAUGUGAACCUGCCAAAAGGAGAAUUUGAUGUUUCUGGCCCAAAGGUGGACAUUGAAGGUCCGGAGGUGGACAUAGGAGUGCCAGAAGGGAAGCUAAAGGGCCCCAAGUUCAAGAUGCCUGAAAUGCACAUCAAGACAACCAAGAUCUCCAUGCCUGAUGUUGACUUGAACCUGAAAGGCCCCAAAGUGAAGGGAGAUGUGGACGUGUCCAUGCCAAAGCUGGAGGGUGAGCUGAAAGGCCCCGAGGUGGAUAUCAAGGGCCCCAAGGUGGACAUUCAGGCUCCUGAUGUGGACAUUCAUGGUCCCGAGGGAAAAUUCAAGAUGCCCAAAUUCAAAAUGCCCAAGUUUGGCAUGCCAGGGCUGAAAGCAGAAGGCCCCGAGGUGGAUAUCAAGGGCCCCAAGGUGGACAUUGACAAACCAGACGUGGACGUUCAUGGUCCUGAAGGAAAAUUCAAGAUGCCCAAGUUCAAAAUGCCCAAGUUCGGCAUGCCGGGGCUGAAAGCAGAAGGUCCAGAGGUGGAUGUGAAUCUGCCAAAAGGGGAAUUUGAUGUUUCUGGCCCAAAGGUGAACAUAGAAGGUCCGGAGGUGGACAUCGAAGGUCCCGAGGGGAAGCUGAAGGGCCCCAAGAUCAAGAUGCCUGAAAUGCAUGUCAAAACACCAAAAAUCUCCAUGCCCGACAUUGAUCUGAACCUGAAGGGCCCCAAAGUGAAGGGAGAUGUGGAUGUUUCUCUUCCCAAGGUGGAGGGUGACCUGAAGGGCCCAGAAGUUGACAUUAAAGGCCCUAAACUGGACGUGGACCUUCCUGAUGUUGAGCUGGAAGGCCCCGAAGGGAAGCUGAAGGGCCCCAAGUUCAAGAUGCCCGAAAUGCACAUCAAGGCGCCCAAGUUCUCCAUGCCUGACGUUGACUUCAAUCUGAAGGGCCCCAAAGUGAAGGGAGAUGUGGAUGUGUCUCUUCCCAAGGUGGAAGGUGAGCUGAAGGGCCCAGAUGUCGACAUUAAAGGCCCUAAACUGGACAUGGACCUUCCUGACGUUGAGCUGGAAGGCCCCGAAGGGAAGCUGAAGGGCCCCAAGUUCAAGAUGCCCGAAAUGCACAUCAAGGCGCCCAAGUUCUCCAUGCCUGACGUUGACUUCAAUCUGAAGGGCCCCAAAGUGAAGGGAGAUGUGGACGUGUCCCUUCCCAAGGUGGAAAGUGAGCUGAAAGGCCCCGAGGUGGACAUCAAGGGCCCCAAGGUGGACAUAGACGUACCAGACGUGGACGUUCAUGGUCCUGAGGGAAAAUUCAAGAUGCCCAAGUUCAAAAUGCCCAAGUUCGGCAUGCCGGGCUUCAAAGCAGAAGGCCCCGAGGUGGACGUGAACCUGCCAAAGGGAGAGCUGGAUGUUUCUGGCCCAAAGGUGGACAUUGAAGGUCCGGAGGUGGACAUCGAAGGUCCCGAGGGGAAGCUGAAGGGCCCCAAGUUCAAGAUGCCCGAAAUGCACAUCAAGGCACCCAAGUUCUCCAUGCCUGACGUUGACUUCAAUCUGAAGGGCCCCAAAGUGAAGGGAGAUGUGGACGUGUCUCUUCCCAAGGUGGAAGGUGAGCUGAAGGGCCCCGAGGUGGACAUCAAGGGCCCAAAGGUGGACAUUGACGUACCAGACGUGGACGUUCAUGGUCCCGAGGGAAAAUUCAAGAUGCCCAAGUUCAAAAUGCCCAAGUUCGGCAUGCCGGGGCUGAAAGCAGAAGGCCCCGAGGUGGAUGUGAACCUGCCUAAAGGAGAUAUUGAUGUUUCCGUCCCAAAGAUGGAUAUUGAGGCACCAAGUGUAGACAUUGAAGGUCCUGAAGGGAAAAUUAAGGGUCCCAAAUUUAAGAUGCCUGAAAUGCAUUUCAACGUUCCUAAGAUCUCCAUGCCCGACAUCGAUUUGAACCUGAAA